CCCGUCUCGCCCUGGGUUGUUUUAUUAUGGCCAAUGCAUUUCACAUUUCAUUGUGGGAUGAGACGUGAGAUCCUUAUUGAGGUGUGUACAGGUAGGUUAUUAAGAUCAGACACCUACCCACGAUUUAAACGAAGAAGAACUUUUAGGUGCCAUACUAAUUUACAUUUUUGAAUAUUUAAUAAGUUUAUAAAAAAAAUACGUCAAUAUCAGGAUAAAUUUUAAGUCCAAGGGGACUGUUAAUGAGUGGUUAGUGAUGAGGAGUGUUGGGCAUUCAAGUCAAGAAUAAAAUAAUUGUGAAUUCGUAAGAAUAAAAAUCAUGUCGAUUUUAUUCCCGUCAAAAUUAUUCCAAUAAUGUUGGUCGGAACGGGUAUAAUUCGUAUGGGAUAAAAUUGAAUGAGAAUAACUUAUUCUUAAUCAAAUAAGUAUAAUGAUGAUUUUUUAUUCUAAAUAAUAUUCCUAUAAAUAAAAACGUAGUCUGGGUACUGUAUAAGAUAGGUAUUACGUAUAGGUAGAGGUAAUAGUAGUCUGUUGUCUAAUUUAUACCUAUUAUUAAGGGAAAUCGACCUCUUUAGCAGCGUUCACUUUAAUAAAUGAUAUAUUGAGUUACAUGAACCAGAGUUUGCCAGUAACUGCGGUCUUUUUUGACUGAGCCGGGCUUUUGAUUUUGUCUGUCACGCACGAAACCUUGCUAGCAAAAUGUGAACUCUACGGCAUACGAGGAGUCGUUAAUGAUUGGCUCAGAGAUAUUUUCAUGCCAGGACUCAGUUUAUGAAGGUAUUACAAAUUGAUUCUAACAAAACAGUAACUGCUUAUCAAUCGUCUACUAAACUUAACAGUGUGGGAGUGCCUCAGGGGAGUAUUUUAGGACCCUUACUGUUCCUACUGUACAUUAACGAUUUACCAAAUGUAACGAGGUUCAAAUGUACUCUCUUCGCAGAUGACCUGUCCGUCGUCAUCCCUUGUCGUGGUCGUGACCCUAGGACAUAUGACAAUGACACAAUCAAAUAAUUUGAAUGUUAAUUUAUAAAAGACAACAUUCAUCCAGUUUGUAAAUAGGAAUGCUCUCAAACAACCUCUCACAGUUACUUUUUUAAAUCAAAUUGUAUCGGAGUCCCAUCAGACUAACUUUUUAGGUAUACGCGUGGAUGAUACUUUAUCCUGGAAUGAACAUAAUUAUUACAGUACAUUGUAGUAAUUAAAGAAAAUGUAUAAUGUAUAUGGAAAUAAUUUUCUGGAUUAUAUUUCAUUCAUUCAUUCAAAGACCCGAGUUUGCAAUAUUCUUACCCCCGGAGUUGCACACAAUGCUUUUCAUCACACUUGCGAAGAAAAAUCAUUCUAUGACAGGUUAGUAGGCAUCAAAGGUACAGACUUAUCCGGCAUUUAGCCACGAUUGAAAAUUCUGUAAAAAUAUUUUAAACGGCUAUUACAUUCAUCAAAUUACAUAUUUUAUAACAAAAACAAUAAAAAUAAACUAUAAACGUCUGUACUUAUUUUAAAAGUAAAACUCAUUUAUACCUACUUGGUUCGUAUGAAUAAGUGACACAAUCAAAAAUAAAAGCUAUAACUCCCUAGGAAGUUAUAGCUUUUUUUUCACAAUCCAUAACUCACGCGGCAACAAUAUACGCCUUUGUCUUUCAGUACACCUGCAUGAAAUAAGAUCUCUUUCAAGCAAGUGUGAUUAAAAUAAAGUAUGCAGUAAAGAGACUGUAAUACAGGCGUAUCGCGGCUAUGUUUGCUCUGUACUUACGAGAGCGGUUUAAGAAGUCAGUGACUAUGUAAAACAAAAAUCAUUUGAACAUAUAAACUUUUUAAUUACAAUUCUGAACUCCUUGGUAGCUGGCAGUUUUUUUUUAAAGGCGGGGCAAUAAAAAAGUUGUUGAGGCAUAUGUCAAAUACGUUCGGAAAAUUGUUGGAAAAUGGAGAAAAGCGAAUUUCGUGUGUUAAUUAAACAUUACUUUUUACGUGGAAACACUAUUAAAGAGACUGAAAACUGUUUCAAAAAUAUUAUGGGGAAUCUGCUCCUUCUCAUGAAAUGGGCAAAUCAUAUGGAAAAAUUCACACGGCAACUAGAUUUGCAAGGGCAGACUCCAACCAAAACCUUUAUAAGUUAUAGUUGGGUCGAUAAAACCAAGUGCAAGUCGGACUCGCGCACGAAGGAUUCCGUACCAUCACGCAAAAAAGAUCACGUUUGUUAUAUACCGUGCGAAGUGCAUGGUGGGGAUAUAGUUAGCACAAUAUCAAAGCUUUCUAAAGAAUGUGUUGCAAGAAUAGCCGAUGAUCAACUUUAUUUCAUUGUCAGCGAUGAAAACUGUGGCCCCGCGCCACCAAUAUUAUGGUGUGAAAUUCCACAAGCUAUGUUUUUUUCUGAGUACCAAAUGGUGGGUUUAGAUGAAGAUCACAAGGAUAUAUACUUAGAAUUCACUUCUGCAAAUUUAGCAAGGUCUCUGCAAACCUUGAAAAGUGCAAAGGCUUUUAAAAUGAAACUGACAAAGAAGCAAUGCCCAUGCCUUACAUUAGAAAUUGAAGUGCCAUCAUCAACAUCACAGCAGACCCGGCAAGUUACUCAUGACAUACCUGUCAAGGUCAUCCCAAGGAAGUCGUGGUCAGAUUUCCAAGAACCAAAGAUACCCAAACCAGAUAUAUCAAUAGAACUGCCAGCGCUCAAGCAGCUGCGUACCACAAUAGACCGCAUGAGGACUAUGGCUGCUGAAGUAAUGAUACGAGCCUCCGCUGAGGGCCGAUUGACAUUACAGAUUAAGACAGAUACUAGCAAAGUGUCCACUAGAUUCAAGGACUUGAGGGUGGAGGCGUUUGAGGGUCCCAUAGAGCAUUCCGACUCUGAAACUGAAACGCAAGCAAACGAAGACAUGUCCCACAUCUGCUAUUGCCGUGUAGAUGCUAAGAAGUUAUCCAUGUUCCUGAGUGCAGACCAAAUCUCACAUAACAGGACCGUGUGCAGUAUAGUCCAUAAGAAAUUAGUAAUUCUAUGUCUGCAGACAGAAGAAAAUGUCAAGUUGCAGUGCUUUAUCACUGGUAUUGUAUUUUAAGACUAAUAGUUGCUAAUAGGUUAACCUUUUGACCUGACUGAAAAAAGGGUUAUGUUUUGGACACUGCGCCUGGCCGUGGGACCCAUUACAAAAAAUAUUUGUUAUAAAAUAAAACAUUGAAGACAU